AUGGCCAAUCCUCCUUCAAAUGCAGAAGUUAGAAACUCCGAGCCCUCCGAAAUACCAGUCACAGAGCAGAGAGAGCUUGAGCACGAAAGCAUCAUACGAGACGGUGACCAAAAUAUUAUAGAUCGGAAUCGCCCAGAUGUUCUUGAAUGCAAUGGUCAUGCUUUGAUCAUCGAUCAGGACCCCGCUUCUUUGAGGUCAUCAAAAGAUGAUGGCGACAAGAACAUCAUGAUUGAUUCAAGUCGUCCUGUUGCAUCGCAAUCUAGUGGCGAGAAAGGCGAAUGUCUUCCUGACGAUUCUUCCACACCAUCGUUACUAAGCCAAGCAAAAAAUAGCAUCACGACAGCUGAAAUAAAGUCAACUAACAUCGAGCCAGGGCUACAACAAGAUGCUGAGAAUGGAUUGUCAUUUCUCACUGCAUCAUUUUCUGAAGGAAGUUUUGACGACCCUGACAUUUAUUCAAACGUCAAGCAUUUUAGAAGGCAAAUGGAAGUAUUUUUCAUUCCACAAAAAUCUGAAGGAGAGCGGAUGAUACAGAUUUUCAUUGCAGGUAUCGAGCGAGGCAAACCAUUUUUUACAAUGCCUCCACUUGAUAUUAUCCCAAAGCUUGCGUUUGAACCAAAGACAAUAUCCGAGAGAGCCUGGCUUCUACUAUACAAUGCAUUCCUAUCGACCGCAAUAGCUUUCAUGGAGCCAUCCAAUGCAAGAGUUAAUCGAGGUCUUCAGUGGAACGUGUGGAUAAUUCUACAGGAUUCUUCAUUCUUUCUCGAACCAUCAGUGAUUAGUAUUCAAGCCCUAUUAAUGUUAUCCUGUCACUGUCAAGAUCUUGUCCCACCGGGAUUAUGUUGGACACUUAUAGGCCAUGCUUGUCGAAUGGCCCAAAGUCUCAAUCUCCAUGCUCCGUCCCCAAAAUUCCCAAGGAAAAGCGAAGAAAACGAUCAAAGAAACUGCCUAUUCUGGAAUCUAUUUAUGAUUGAUAAAUCAUUAUCGCUUGCUUUUGGGAGACCUCCAUUUCUAUUUAGUCAGCUAUAUGAGGCGGUCGAUCCUCCGGACCCGGCAUUUCUUGCGACAUUCAGACCUCAUCGAUCAUCAACUUCAGGUAUCGGAACUCUACGGCAAAAUCAGCUAAGCGAUGAUUUCGGUGCAUUGUAUUUUUGUCUGGCACGCGAGCUGUUUGUGUUGCAAGGAAAAAUAAUAGAUGUUGCUCUCAUGGUUCAUAAUGGAGAGUCUGGAACAGAGCAGAUUUCGAAAAUGAAAAAAAAUCUUGGGAUUUGGAAGGAAAGUUUGGAUCAUGUUUGUUCUCUUGCACCGGGAUAG